GGGGCGAUAGAGACAUUCGUGUACGUUUGUUAUUCUUCAAGAAUAAGACGUUCAAAAAUGGCAGCGAUGAUAACAACUGGAGAGAUUUCAUUUUUCUUUGCCUUAUGCAUAAAUCGAAGUCUGUCGCGAUGUGUUUGUAAGACAGACAAAUAAUCCGAUGCACAAUGCGUUUAGUUUAGUUGUUAAUAAUUGUCUAAAGAGCGCAGACAAGUUGUCAUCACUUUAUCGUAGAAGUUUUGGACUUUAGCAUGGUAGUUUCAGCCCUAUGUAGCUUUGUACUAAAUUAAACAAGCCAAAUACGUUGGCUGGGUAAGUGAAUAUACAGUACAGGUUUAAAGUUAAGCAAGAUUAAGUGAAGCAGAAGAUGGAGCAGCAGUCUGCCGGGAGCAGUGGAUCUGGGGGUCAUCUUCUCUCCAGCAUCGCUCUCAACGAUAACAAGGCUGGUAUGGAGGGACUGGACAGAGAUAAGAUCAACAAGAUCAUUAUGGAGGCUUCCAAGGGAUCAAGAUUUUAUGAGAAUGAACUUAAGAAAGACCGUCAGGUGAAUCAGCGCAUUGAAAAGAUGAUGGAGCAAAAAGCCAAAAUCACCAAAGAACAGAUGAAGCAAGCACAAGCAGAGGUAGACAAGCUGAAAUCAGAAUUGGAGAGGGGUCGAGAACUGGGCCGUGUGAUAGUUCACGUAGACAUGGAUGCCUUCUAUGCUGCUGUAGAAAUGAGGGACUGCCCAGAGCUAAAAGACAAACCAAUGGCGGUGGGAUCCAUGAGUAUGCUGUCUACCUCCAAUUACCACGCUAGGAGAUUUGGUGUUCGUGCUGCCAUGCCAGGUUUUAUCGCUAAGAAACUCUGCCCAAACCUUAUCAUUAUGCCCACCAACUUUGACAAAUACCGAGCAGUGAGCGCACAGGUACGGGAGAUAUUUUCCGACUACGAUCCUCAUUUUAUGCCUGUGAGUCUGGAUGAGGCUUACUUGGACAUUACUGAACACCUGGAGCAGCGCGAGCACUGGCCUGAGUCCAUGAGAACACAUUACAUGGGCGAUGCCAAGAAAGAAAAUAAUUCAGACGUGCCUGCAGUUGAGUCAGAGAAAGAUGGACUGUCCCCAGUGCUGUUUGAAGACAGUCCAAGCUCCUCCCCUUUUCUGACUGAGGCCAAUGGGAAAGCAGUGGUGUUUGGGAAGAGUGCAGAGGAGGCUGUGAGGGAGAUGCGCUUUCGUAUCGAGCACAAAACAUCUUUAACAGCUAGUGCAGGCAUUGCCCCAAACAUGAUGCUGCCCAAGGUGUGCAGUGACAAGAACAAGCCGAAUGGCCAGUACAGAAUUCCUCCUGAGAGAGAAGUUGUGAUGGAUUUCAAAGAUCUUCCUGUCAGAAAGGUAUCUGGUGUUAGGUAAGGUUACAGAGAAGAUGUUGGUGCUUUAGGUAUUGUCAGCUGUGCCCAACUUGGCCAGGAGAUGGCGCUUUUAUCCUUGCUUUUCUCAGAAACUUCGUGGCUUCAUUUUCUUCACAUAUCUCUGGGUUUAGGCUCCACGUAUAUUGAGAGGGAUUCUGAAAGAAAAAGUAUGAGCACUGAGAGGACGUUUGGGGAGAUGAGUGAUGCAGAGGAGCAAUAUUCUCUUUGCAGGGAACUCUGUCAUGAUCUAGCCCAGGACUUACAGAAGGAGGGUCUUAGGUACAGCACAGAUUUAUAUUAG